GACGCCCAGUCUCUCAGCCGCCCACAGCCCAGUCACAGCAGCCCGAACACGGACACACGCCCUCGAUGCUCCCCCUCCUCCUGGAGCUCCAGCAGCUGUUUGGAUUACUGAUGGAUGGGAGGAAGAAAGUCGGUGUUUAAAGAGGGAAACUUUGGAGGUGUGGGAGUUUAAUGAGAGGAGAAGAGGAGAGGGUAAGUUUGGGGGAGAAUCUCAUCUUCUGUGGACUUUUAGGAAGUUUUGGAUGCCUUUACAAACAUCAAUCUUCAUCAUUUAGAAGAUCUGAUGGAUGUCGUGUAAGCAGCAGCAAACUUUGGGGUAAUUCAAAUAAGCUUCGUCUUCUUUGUUGAAGGAACUUUGGAGACUCUUUUGCCUGGGAAACUUUUUUGACUCUAAAAAACAGCUGACAAUUUUUUCCCGCUUUUUUGGGAACAUUUGCUGGAGUGUUAUUGUCGUGUUUCACCACGUUCUGCUUUUUUAUUCAGCGGUCAAACCCUUUGAGGGACGUAAAUAAUCCUACCUGGAACAUUCUGGUUUGUACCUUUGACAUCUAAGAGGAUUUUUUUUACAUUUAAAUCAGCACCAUGGCUCCAUUUGUUGGUCUGUGGGUGUGUCUGUGCCUGCCGAUGCUCUUUACCGAUGGUAAAAGCAUUGAUGGUCAACGCAACAACCUUGACAAACCAUCCAACACCAAACUGGAACCCGUUUGGAUCGCCAAACAUCUCAGGACGGGGGGCAACGCCCCAAACCAGAGCCUCCCCCUCCCUGAGAUGUUGGAUCUUGACGUGGACCAGCAGCGCCGCCGUCAGGUCCGUGGCGCAGAUGAGGACGAGCAACAGUCCACCUUCAGCCAGUCCUUUGAGAACGACUCUGUGACGGCGCCGCAGGACACUGAGUUUGACAAUGGGACGAAAGUAGGAGAAGGCGAUGACAACGACGAUGACAACGAUAACCAUGGAAACUCCUCUAGACCCAACAAAGAAGGCCCUGGACUCUUCAAUCCAUUCUACCCGCUGGUGGAGAGCUCGUACGCGGCCUACGCGGUCCUCUUCCUGGCCGGCCUGGUGCUGGCGGUGGGCGUGGUGGGAAACAUGGCGGUCAUGUGUGUCGUCUGGAACAACUACUACAUGAGGUCCGCCUGGAACUACCUGCUGGCCAGCAUGGCAUUCUGGGACUUCCUGGUGCUGGUGCUCUGCCUUCCUGUGGUGGUCCUCAACCAGCUCUCCCAUAGGAGGAUCCUGGGUGACAUCACCUGCCGUAUGGUGCCAUAUAUGGAGGCCGUGUCUCUCGGCAUCACCUCCUUCACCCUGUGCGCUCUGGGGAUCGACCGUUUCCACGCCGCCACCUCCUCGACCCAGCCGAAGGCACGGCGGGUGGAGCGCUGCCGCUCGGUCCUGCUGAAGCUUCUCCUGGUUUGGCUCGCCGCUCUGCUGCUGUCCAGCCCCGAGAUCUUCCUGUGGCAGCUGAGCCAGGCCGUGUCCCCAUCCACGGGACGCCUGGUGGACUCCUGCACCAUCACCCCGUCCUCCCCGCUCACCCUCUACCUGCCUGACUCCCUCCACUCCCUGCUGCUCCGAUACCACCAGGGCCGUAUGUGGUGGUGCUUCGGCUGCUACUUCUGCCUCCCUGUCCUCUUCACCAUCCUCUGCCAAAUGGCCACCCGUAACGUCAACAGCGACUCCAGCUCAGCCCAAAAGCAGCGCAACCAAGACGACCGUUCCUCCAAUCAGAAGCGACAGCAGCACCAGGCCGUAGAGCGGCAGCUGAACUGCACGCUGCUGGCGCUAGCCGUGGUGUACGGCGUCUGCGCUCUGCCCGAACACGUCUGUAACAUCACACUGGCCUAUACGCACAUCACUGUCUCCGAGGACACGGCCGCCAUGCUGGCGCUACUGCAUCACUUCCUGUUGUUCUUCAAGUCAUCGGUGACGCCGGUGCUGCUGCUGUGUCUCUGUAAGGCUCUCGGUCAGGCCUUCAUGGACUGUUGCUGCUGCUGCUGUCAAGAAUGUCAGCCAACCGCGGCUCAAGGCUCGCCAAGCUCCGCCCAGGUCAAACUGAAGACAGCCAAUGAGACGUCCAUCUUCUUCGACAAGGCUAAAGAGACGUCGGCCAUCUUGUCCAUCUCCAGCUAGAGCCAUAGAUCCCCCUUUCACCAUCAGCCCUCCAAGCCCAACAAUCCACCUCUUCCUUUCUCUCUGUUCCUUUCUCCCUCUGUUGCUCCUUAAAUCCAGGUUCUUUUCUUCUGACAUGUUUUGUGAACCAGUCUUUGUUUCUUCUCCAUCUGUUUCCUUCUUCCAGAACACUUCUGCAUCAGUGAUCUUUUUUUUCCCCACCUCUUUGUGACAAUGCAUUAACAGGGAUUUUUAGCGAUGAGAGCAUUCAGAUACCAGGUGGUAAAGCUUCAUGCUUUGUGUGGAUGCAACAAAACCAACCUUCUGCCCUUAGCCUUUCAUAAUGACUGUAAAACAUCCCAUCCUUGUCUUUGAAGAUGAUGUCAUCUUUUAUGUCUGUAAAACAUCCCACCCUUUCCUUUGAAGAUGAUGUCAUCCUUUAUGUCUAUAAAACAUUCCAUCCAUGUCUUUGAAGAUGAUGUCAUCUUUUUUUGUCUAUAAAAUAUCCCACCCUUGCCUUUGAAGAUGAUAUCAUCUUUUAUGUCUAUAAAACAUUCCAUCCUUGCUUUUUGCAUGCAGGCCUGUCUAAGCCCCCAGUUGUCAUUUCAGUCAAACCAGUCAAGAUUUAUUAGCCAAGUAGUACAUCAGCAUGCCUUUUAAAAGCAUUUUUAUGACAAUAUGAGGGAGAAAAGCUGUUAAAGAGGCGUGAUGUCUAUUAAACAUUCCAUCCUUGCAUUUUGCAUGUGCAUCACUGGCCUCUCAGCUCAUGGCUAAUUGGCACCAGUUAUUAAAAUGCAUACCAACCACCUUUCCCUUAAGUUUAUUGUCCUUUUAUGGCAAUUUUUGGAAAAGUUGCCAACUAUUUGAGAAAAAUGGUUGGAAAAGUCUCCAACUUCACCAACAUUCCAUCCUCUGAUGAUGUUGUCCUCAAAGACUUAAAUGGUCUUUAGGAAGAUUAUGUCAUCCUCUGAAGUCAGUAAAACAUUCCAUCCUUGUCUUUUACAUGUGGGCAAGUCUGGGCCCCCAGUUGUCAUUUCAAGCUAGCUAGUAAACAAGAUGUACUAUUUCUGACAACUUGAGGGAGAAUAGCUGUUAAAGAGGCACCAUUAGCAUCUUAGCUAAUGGCUAAUUGGCAGCCAUUAUACAUAUAAACUAAUGCAUACCUACACAUAUAGACCAACCAUCUUUUAUUCUCUGUUGAUCGUCUUUUGUUGGCAACCUUUGGAAAAGUUGCCAACUAUGGCCUACACUUCUGAUAUCAGGUCACUGAAGACAGAUUGCUAUUGCAGAGUGAUGACGCAUGGACUACAGCGAUCUCACUUGGUAUCUGAAUACCCAAAAUGCAUUUUUAAUCCCUGAUAACGCAUUACCUAAACAACCCCUUCAUCCAUCUUUCUGUUCCAUUUGUAUAUUCCUCCAUGGACACAGUAUUUCUCCCUCCAGCUUCCUGUCUGCGCAGGAAGUGAUGUUUAAUCUUUAGUGAGAUUAGAAUAAAGUUGCUGUUCUUGCACAACCGGCUGUUGUAAAAGCAGGAGCCUGUUUCAGGACUCUCCGGAUGGACUCUUCCCUCCAUAUUCCCACUGUAAGGAUGUACGGUUUCUAUGUACAAUGAAAACACAGGGAUGUAUUUCUUUUCUUGGUCUGCAGCCAACAUUUUGAUAUGUUUAAAGGAAAAGUAAAGUCCAGUUUAGGCUAAAAGGUUGCAACAAGAUUAACUGAAACUAGCAACUACUACAACGGGCUGUGACUAAAACGUUCAGGAAGCCUGUCAAUUCACACUGCUACAACUGCUGGAGACGAAGCAUUGCUUUCAUGGCAUAGCUUUAUUUACAUUACUGAUUGUUUUGCAUGGACAUGACCAGCUGACUUCCUCUCUGGGCUCUGACUGGCUGUUGAAACACAACAUACAUACAUUCAUACAUACUAUCCAUAGGCAGCAUGACAAGCUGGGUUGCAGACAACCCUGUCAACCUGCCUGAACGGAGCUGCAAAGCCUCAGCUGCAACUGUUGACUGCAACACUCUAAAACAGUCUUGUUGAGUUGGGAAUCUUUGGUCUGAACUGGGCUUUGCAUAAACUUUACUUUACUCCAAAUAUAUGACAGCACUUUUAAUUCCCUACAGCAGCUUUGAAUUAAGCUACUCUAAAGCUCGAAAAUACGCUUUUUUGUGAAAUGACCGUCACUCUGCAAACAAAAUCAUUGAAACUGGAAUAAAAUGACGAAAGAAUCAAGAUGUGUUCCCAACAAAAGGAUUGGUUCCGUUCAAUUUUAUAUUCCUUGCAGUUGCUUGUAUUUCAAUUGUCAAAAGUUGGAGACGGUACCAACAUAACUGAUCUGUACCGCCCUACCUUUUUGUCCCCCUUCAGCUGGGGUACCAAGAGUACAUACAGUCCCCUCCAAAAGUAUAGGCACAGUGAGGUCACGUCUUUUUUGCUGUAGACUAAAAACAUUUGGGUUUUACAUUAAAGAUGAAUAUGAGACAAGAGAUCAACAUUUCAGCUUUUAUUUCCAGGUGUUUAAGUCUGGAUCUAACAACACUUUGAAGAUAGCACUCUGUUUGCACCCAGCCAUUUUUCAUGUGAGCAAAAGUAUUGGAACAUAUGACUGACAGGUGUGUUUUGUUGCCCAGGUGUGUCCUAUUACACUGAUUAUUCAAAUGAUAAAUAGCGCUGAAUGUCUACACUCAGAUUCAGAUUUGGGUUUUGCCUGGUCAGACUGCAUUUAUAGUUAGAGGCGUAACCAAUAUGAAAGCAAGAGCGUUAUCUACAGGUGAAAAACAAGCAACUGUGAAGCUGAGAGAAGAUGGAAAAACAAACAGAGCCAUUGCACAAACAUUGGCCAUAGCCAGUAAACUAUUAGAAAAGUCCUGAAGAAGAAAGAAACCACCGGUGUACUAAGGAACAGACGGCGAACAGGAAGACCAAGAAAAACAUCAGCAGUUGACGACAAAAACAUUGUGAGAGCUGUAAAGAAAGACCCUACAACAAUUGUUAGUGACAUCAGCAACAACCUCCAGAGGACAGGAGUGAAGGUAUCACCAUCUACUGUUAGUGACGUCAACAACAACC